AUGUAUGAGUUAGAAAAACUCUUGAAGACGAUGCCCUCUGAAGUGAAGUGCUUUCUGUCUAACUACGGCAUAAACUGGAAGUUCAUUCCCCCUUAUGCUCCGCAUCAAGGAGGCAUAUGGGAAGCCGCCGUCAAAUCCUCCAAAACACUGCUACACCGCUGUAUUGGGGACACAGCUCUUACAUACGAAGAGUAUGACACCAUUUUCGUUAGAAUUGAAAGUAUUCUAAAUAGUCGACCGCUUACAGAAUUGUCCUCUGAACCUGCUGAAGCUGCCUCCGUGCUCACUCCCGGGCACUUCCUAAUUGGUAGACCUCUUACCGCACCACCGCAACCCAUAGAGACGAAGGAACUAUUGGUCGCACGCCGCUGGAGACUUACAAACCAAAUGACCCAAUAUUUCUGGAAUCGCUGGUCCAAGGAGUACCUAUGCACCUUGAUCAAUCGCACAAAAUGGAAAACCACUGAAAGAAACUUGCAACUUAACGAUUUGGUCAUAAUCAAAUCUGUCAACAACUCUCCUCUCAGCUGGCCGUUAGGCAGGAUUAUUGCGCUACACCCUGGUAAAGAUGGACUAGUACGUGUAGUCACUAUCAAAUGCGCAUCUGGGAACAUUGUUCGAGACAUACGCAAAGUUCACCGCAUCAUUUGA